UUCUAGGUCUGUCCACGUCCUGUCAUCAGGCAAGGCAUUAGCUGUGUGUGACUGCGCUCUAUGGGGACAUGGAGGAGGAUAUUGUGUUGGUCUUCUCCUGCGCAACUCACUUUCAGACCACUUAGAGGACUUCGUGUAUUUUGCGGACGCGGGACGGAACUACCUUUGAUCAGCAACACUGGUAAAGAUUCGGGCUGAAAUAAUGUGAAAUUGCAAUUUCUAUGCGAAAAAAAUGUUCCUGGAAAGACCGUUAAACCCCGGGUUGUGCUGGAAGACCCCCAAUCGAGACUUUCAUUCUCUCACGAAGGACUUAGUUUCUGACUAUACCUUGGAAGGUUGCUUAAAAACUGUCAAUGUGACACAAGAACAAUGCAGGAAAGUUGCUUUUUAGCUAUAGAUGUGACGAAAGUACUCGCAUCAGAUUCAAGUAUCGUUUAGUUUCCGUUCAAUGUAGUGUGAGAUACUUUGUUGCAUUGUCUAUAACAUUAAUCAUAUGAAAAUGGCACGGAUGAACUUUCAAACGUUUCGACAGGAUUCAAAGUCCUCGAACGCAUCGAGCCAUUCAACAGGAAGGUUACUUGGUGCCUUGGUUGUCUGUAAGGCCAAGUCGCGCUCUCUCAGAAUCGUGUGGGCUGCCAUAUAUCUGGUAUGCCUGGUGGGGUUCGUGGCACACAUGUGCAUACUGAUCCAGCGGUACACCGCCCAUCCGAUCAAUGUGGACACCAAGUACACGACUAAACGGAUUCCAUUCCCAGACGUCACCAUUUGUAACACGGUGGCUGUCUCCUUGGGAAAGAUGAUGUACAAUUUGACAGCUUUCGAAGAAACCAACGCCUUCAAAAACUCCUCUCUUGAUCACUUCGCUGAUGUGAAGUACCUCAAGACAGCCUCAAAGCAAACUCUUUAUGAUAUCUAUCGUCGCAUUGAGAACAUGCUAUAUGUUUCCUUGAGCGACCAGUUUGGGCACGGGGACUACAUUAUAGUGCAGUGCUUGUAUAAGGAGGACUUCUGUGAUCGCAAGCUGAUAAAGGAGGUGAAGAUUCCUGGAUAUGGGAACUGCUUCACUCUCCCCUCCCCCGGCGAUGUGGAGGAAUCGGGCGAACAUGGCGGCUACAGAAUGGUACUCUUCACUGAAGGUAGAGUGCCCAAUGAGACGUGGUUCAGUUCAUAUAACGACAGGAUUAAUACGUUAUCCGAGUUUAAAUACAGCAUGCUUAAACCCGUUGGAAUGAAAAUAAUCGUCCAUGAGAAGGACAGUUACCCUGACCCAGGUUCUGGGACCAUUGUUACGUCUGGUUACUACUGGAAUAUGGCAAUAGAGCCGAAGUGGACGACGAGGGAUCCUGCGACCCUCAUUGGCUGCACUGGCGGAGAUAGGACUCACAUCAAAUACAGGGACUAUCUUACCGGAGAGAUCAACAACUAUAGCUACACACUGGAAGACUGCCGCAAGGUUCAGCUGCAACGCUACUGGUUCGAAACGUGUGGGUGUCUCUCUGAGGACUAUCCGAUCCCAUAUGAAGUGAUUGCAGAUAGCUUGGAUCUAAAUACGAAGAAGUCCUUCGACAAUUUCUGUUUCUUCUCGUUCGAACUAAUGGCUGAUUUUACGAAAUGGAAAGAGUACAUGAAGGGACCGAAUGGGAGCACAGCAGGGAGUAAGUUCAACUGUGCUGCAACGCUAUUGAAACACCAAGAACGGAGAGAUGUUGGGGAGUGGGAGGGCGUAUGCAAAGCACCGUGUGAGGAGCGUAGAUACCGCGUGUCGCACUCACAGGGGAGGUUUGGUCGAGAUAUGCCCUUCACACAUUACUACUUGCACGCCAACUUGUUCUGCGAGCCGCCCGAAUGGUUCCUAAACAAGACGGAAUACCAAUCUAUCAUCCCGACCUUGAACGACCUCUGCGAAGCAUAUCAUAGGAAUCAUCCGAAGUCGGAGUUACAACUUCUGAGGGAGAACUUCCUGCAGCUUCAUAUCUACUUCCAGUCAGGGAUUGUUAAGCAUGUGACAGAAAGUUCAGCCUACCCUCUCUCAAAUUUGUUUUCGGACAUUGGGGGCAUUCUCGGACUGUAUGUUGGAGUGAGUGCUGUGACUUUGUGCGAAAUUCUUCAGUAUUGUAUCAAAUGGGUCGAAUUGGGGAAGGACAAGAAGCAAUCUAAAGGGGACGAGUCUGGUGAAAGAAAGCCUGAAGCUGGCGUGAUAUGUCCUCUUCAGAAUGACAGCAGUCUGCAAGAGAUCAGUGUAACCAUUCACGAAUAACAUUGAUGUUCAAUGAUGUCAUACAGGGUGUUGCACAUUAUGACUUUGGUAGAGAUUGAGUACCCUUGGAACACUCUGUCAGUGUAGUUAGGAAUACCAUUCACUUCUUUCCUUUGGUAGAGUUUUAGUUCCCUUGGAACAGAAGUUGUCAGUGUUUAGGUUAGGAAUGGCAUUCACUACUUUCCUCAAGCAGCCGUUUGUGUGACUUCCUGUAACAUUUUGCAAAUCAGAAGCUUGCCAUUUUGAGGGAGAUCAGAAUCUGCAACAAGGAAUGACAAAUCACACCGUAAAAGACCAACUAAUCAACUAAUAGGUCAACCAAGAGAUCACUACGAAUGUGUGUCAUGAUCUCUUGGUUGCGCUUAAUCAAAAGGCUCAUCCGGCAGAAUUUGAUUCGAUACAUGUCCCCUACUUAUGUUCCCGUCCCUCCUUCUCUAUAUACAUGUCCGCUAUUCACGUUCACAUCUCUUCUAAUGCACGUUUCCCGUCCCUCCUUCUCCAUACAUGUCCCCUACUCAUGCUCACAUCUCUUCUAAUGCAUGUUUCCCGUCCCUCCUUCUCCAUACAUGUCCCCUACUCAUGCUCACAUCUCUUCUAAUGCAUGUUUCCCGUCCCUCCUUCUCCAUACAUGUCCCCUACUCAUGCUCACAUCUCUUCUAAUGCACGUUUCCCGUCCCUCCUUCUCCAUACAUGUCCCCUAUUCAUGCUCACAUCUCUUCUAAUGCAUGUUUCCCGUCCCUCCUUCUCCAUACAUGUCCCCUACUCAUGCUCACAUCUCUUCUAAUGCAUGUUUCCCGUCCCUCCUUCUCCAUACAUGUCCCCUACUCAUGCUCACAUCUCUUCUAAUGCACGUUUCCCGUCCCUCCUUCUCCAUACAUGUCCCCUAUUCAUGCUCACAUCUCUUCUAAUGCAUGUUUCCCGUCCCUCCUUCUCCAUACAUGUCCCCUACUCACGUUCACAUCUCUUCUAAUGCACGUUUCCCGUCCCUCCUUC